AUGACCACCGCCGCUACCAUCAUCAACAACAUCUCUGCUACAUCGGGCAAGGCAACCCACACCAAGAACGGCUCAAAGCGCAAGGCUCAGCAGAUGAGCGUGGCCCCCAACGGCGAGCCGGCCACCAAGCGCCCCUACCUCGGCAAGUGCCAGUACAAGACCGGCAAGUGCGUCAACGAGCGCACGCUCAGGCGCAACGGCGACGCCCACUCGCUGUGCGAGGAGCACCGCAUCAAGCAGAACUUGAUCCAGCGCCGCAGCGACCGCAAGUAUCAGAAGGAACACGCGAUCCGUCGUCGGGAGCGCUCGCUGCGCCGCGCAGCGCUCAAGAAGCGGGUCUCGAUUGCCGUGGCCCAGCAGCUCUUCAUCGAGAACCAGCAGCAGCACAAUACUUUCGGCUUCCAGUACGAUGCUCAUGCAUACGCCAACAGUGGCGACAUGAUGGCGGCUGGAUUCGCCGGUGUCGCGCCGCGUAUCCGGGUGCCUCAACCGUCGGCAGCUUUCGUGCAGGAACACCAGAGCAGCGUCGGAUCGCCUCUGGUGUUGUCUUUCAGCAACAUGGAAGCCACCCCACUGGCUCGAACUACGGGCUUUCAGGACGAGUUGUCUCCCAGUGGCAUCGACAACUUCGCUCCGUACUCGUUCCAGAGCGCCCUGGGCGACCAGAACUUACCAACUCGGUUGUACAGCGAGAUGUACGAUAGCCGCAGCGCUGGGUACACGCCGAUCGACUCGAGCUUGGGCGACAAGCAGACGUGGAGUGACGACGACAUUGAGCUCCUGCAGGCCAUUCUGUUGGUCUGA